AUGCCGCCCACCAUGCUCGCGCCGGUGCCCACGAGGCCGCGCUCCCACCCCUUCCGCCGCCGGAGGGACGCGGCGGCUCCGCUCCCAGCCCAGAUCGCGGCGGCGAUGGCGGCGGGGAAGCGGCCCGCGGAGUCCUCCACAUCGGCCUCCUCCUCCUUCCGCAGCGAGGUCGUCUCCACCACCACCGCCACCUCCUCCGCCGCCGCCCUCGCCGCGGCGCAGCGCCCGGAGAAGAGGCCGAGGCGCGAGGACUCGGGCGACGCGCGGCCCGCCGCCUCCGAGUGCUCGGAGGUCAUCGGCGGCGCCACGGCGCGCCCCGCGGAGGUCGAGGCCUCCGAGUCGUCGUGCCUCCGCUCCGUCCUCCAUCCCGACCUCGCCUGCCCCGAGCUGCUCGCCGACGACGCCGAGGCGACGGAGUACUCUUCGGCCUGCGACGAGCUCACGCAGUCCGACGCGGAGGAGGAGGUGCUCAGCGCUCCCAGCCCCUGCACCGACUACUCCCUCAGCCCCCUGCUCGACACCUCCUCUUCCUCCUCCUCCGAGGACGACGACGACGACGACGACGACGCCCCUUCCUACACCUUCUCCCUCUUCAUCGACUACGCCAAGCAGUUCGUCCCCUGUGUGCAGCACAAGGCGCACGCCGUCGCCGACGCCGUCCCCAUCCCAGAGUGGAAGCAGUUGGAUGACUUGGAGGACGAGGAGAGCUACGAGCAGUUCCGGCGGCGCGAACGGCGGGGAGUGGUGGCGUGCGACUACACAGAGGUGUACGCCUCCAUGUCAGGCAACUCUGGCCGUCACGUCGUGGAGCAGCGUUCUGUCAUGGUCAACUGGAUCAUCGAGCAUGGGCAUGUGACAGAGCUGCAGCCAGAGACAUUGUUCCUGGGAAUUGGACUGAUGGACCGCUUCUUGACACGUGGAUACCUAAAGGGCUCUAGGAAUGUGCAGUUGCUGGGCAUUGCCUGCAUCACCCUAGCCACCCGCAUUGAAGAGAACCAGCCAUACAAUAGCAUCAUGCAGAAGUCUUUCAUGGUGGGGAUCAACCUUUACAGCCGGAGCGAGGUCGUGGCCAUGGAGUGGCUGGUUCAGGAGGUCCUCGACUUCCAAUGCUUCGUCACGACAGUCCACAAUUUUCUCUGGUUCUAUCUGAAGGCGGCAAAAGCAGACGACAAGGUGGAGGAUCUGGCCAAGCACCUGGCCCUGCUCACACUUCUGGACCAUAAGCACCUCGCCUACUGGCCCUCGACCGUGGCAGCCUCGGUGGUGGCCCUUGCCUGCCUUGCCACUGACAGGGAGUCCUCGUGCCAUCGGGUAAUGGAGACUCACUCGAGGACCAAGGACGACGAUCUGCCUGAAUGUUUAAUGAGUCUGGAGUGGCUGAUAAACUAUGCUUCGUAGUACCCGGGGCUCACAGGUUGAGCAUUCUAUCUAAUCUUCUGCUGAUCGACAGUACAGCGUAGCACAGCCAUUUAGCAACAACGGGAGAGUGUACAUGCCAUUAGUUUGCACAGCGGGAUAAAAUAAAUGAGGACACGGCAACAUGUUUAUCGCUGUAAAGGGGCAGAUCGUGACUGCAGAAUUUCGUACUGAGGUGGUAAGUAUAGCCUAUAGGGAGAGCUGUUGUGGUCAUGUGUCUUUUGCAUCGUCAGCUAGCUCUUUGUGGUCAAUUAAGGUUGGGUGUUGUUGUAUUCCCCGACUGCCUUUUUCCUUUUUGGGUCAGUGAAUAUUGUUUAAAAUGGAUCUACGGCUCAGUAAAAAUGGUCUUGUUUACUGUCAGUGUAUAAAUGUGUCAGCACUAGUGCUCUGUUGCCGACAAAAGGCGCAUUAGGGAGCAGACAGGAGAAGAAGGGGACAGAUACUAAGUGGCAGGCCGGAAGUUAACUCAAACGUUUGGGCCGUUGGCCCAUCUCGUAGGGCAAGAGGACCCCCAUGUAAUAGAGUGCGUUAAAUACCCAGUAGCUGAGCCGGAGAAGGCAGCGAAUUGUAAUUUGAUCUCGAUCCCCUCUCAGACUCUCCCUUCUUCCUUCUUCCCCAAGCUGUACCUCUCUUCUCCCAAU